CGGACCAUCAAAGUUAGCCGAGUAUCAUCGUUGCCUUGAACAACCUCGUAAACUUUCUACUCUCUCUACGCUGGAAAGGCCCCCGAUAAUUCAAAGAUAAAGCUGUAACAUUAAACUUGGACCUUGAAAGUCGGAAACAAUGGCGUCGGGGUCGGUGAUUCCGGCCAACAGAGGAAGAAGAAACAUGAACGACGACGACAAGCUACAGUUCGAAGCAACAGAAGGUAUUGAACCUAUUAACAGCUUCGAUAGAAUGGGGAUUAAAGACGACCUUUUGCGUGGGAUCUAUGCUUACGGUUUCGAGAAACCUUCUGCUAUUCAACAACGUGCUGUUAUGCCGAUCAUUCAAGGUCGCGAUGUUAUUGCUCAAGCUCAGUCUGGUACUGGAAAAAGUUCUAUGAUUUCUCUCGCUGUUUGUCAGAUGGUUGAUACUUCUACUCGAGAAGUUCAAGCAUUAAUCUUGUCACCUACACGAGAGUUGGCUUCUCAAACAGAAAAGGUUAUUAUGGCCAUUGGUUUACACAUGAAUAUACAAGCUCAUGCAUGCAUUGGAGGGAAAAGUGUGGGUGAGGAUAUCAGGAAACUGGAGUAUGGAGUUCAUGUUGUUUCAGGAACUCCUGGUAGAGUUUGUGACAUGAUCAAGAGAAGAACAUUGAGAACACGAAAUAUCAAACUGUUAAUUCUUGAUGAGUCUGACGAGAUGUUGAGCAGGGGAUUUAAGGACCAAAUUUAUGAUGUCUAUCGUUACCUUCCACCAGAGCUUCAGGUUGUUCUGAUCUCUGCCACCCUUCCCAAUGAAAUUUUGGAGAUUACCAAUAAGUUUAUGACAGAUCCUGUCAAAAUCCUCGUGAAGCGUGAUGAGUUGACUUUAGAGGGCAUCAAGCAAUUCUUCGUUGCAGUUGAGCAGGAAGAUUGGAAGUUUGAUACUCUUUGUGAUCUUUAUGAUACCCUCACUAUCACUCAAGCUGUUAUCUUCUGCAACACUAAACGCAAGGUGGAUUGGCUCACUGAGAAGAUGCGCAACAAUAACUUCACUGUCUCAUCUAUGCAUGGUGAUAUGCCUCAGAAAGAAAGAGAUGCUAUUAUGAAGGAGUUUCGUGAUGGUGACACUCGUGUUCUUAUUACAACAGAUGUUUGGGCUCGUGGGAUCGAUGUCCAACAGGUUUCCUUGGUGAUUAACUAUGAUUUGCCCAAUAAUCGUGAACUUUAUAUCCAUCGCAUAGGUCGAUCUGGUCGUUUUGGACGUAAGGGUGUUGCUAUAAACUUUGUCAAGAAGGAUGACAUUAGGAUUUUAAGAGAUAUCGAGCAAUAUUACAGCACCCAAAUUGAUGAAAUGCCGAUGAACGUCGCUGAUUUGAUAUGAGGUCUACUUGUGCUUUAAUGUGGCGUAUCGCGUGUAGCCUGUGGCUUGAAUUCUUUUGUUUCUUUUAUUUGGCUUUGCAUUUGCCAGAGAAUGGGAUGGAUGUGUGCAUGAUGCAAGUGUGGCAAUGAGUUGCAACUGUGGAUUGAUGGAUUUUCAUUCUUCUUCCUUUUCUUCUAAUUGUAAAGAUUUUGCUUAUUUUAACUUAUUAUGUAGUGAUUUGUUCAAAAUAUAUGCUUUUGUUUAUAUGCAGAUUGUUUUUUUCCCUAA